CAAAAACAUUUCUGUCAAUUGUCAAAAAUGUUUUUUAAUAAAUUUUUGAAACCAAUUCGUUGCAAUGGCCAAAUCAUUAGAAGCAUGGCAAAACUUUACAAGCAAGGAGAAAAAAGACCAUGGUCUCCUCAUACACCGAAAGGAGGAAUGGAAUUUGCUUUUGCAAGGUUAGAUGACCUUCUUAAUUGGGGUAGAAGUCGCUCCCUAUGGCCUAUGACAUUUGGAUUGGCUUGUUGUGCUGUCGAAAUGAUGCAUAUGGCUGGACCAAGAUAUGAUAUGGACAGAUUUGGCGUAGUCUUCAGAGCAUCCCCGAGACAAACAGACGUGGUUAUUGUAGCAGGUACGGUGACCAAUAAAAUGGCUACAGCUGUAAGAAAAGUCUACGAUCAAAUGCCAGAACCUAAAUGGGUUAUUUCCAUGGGUAGUUGUGCAAAUGGUGGCGGAUACUACCAUUACUCCUACAGUGUUGUCAAAGGAUGCGACAGAAUAAUUCCUGUCGAUAUUUACGUUCCUGGUUGUCCGCCGACAGCCGAGGCCUUGCUGUAUGGUGUGCUGAUGCUGCAAAGAAAAGUAAAGAGACAAAAUGCCUUACAAAAUUGGUAUAGACGAUAAAAAUGUAUCGUUGUUUAUUUUGGAUAAACAAUUAAUAAGCUACAUUGUAAACUGUACAUUUAUAUUUGAAC